AUGACAAGCAAAGCUUUCUUAGGUUAAAAAGCUCCUGAAUUUUCAACAGUUUCUGUAACUGAUAAAUUUGAAAAAAUAAGUUUAUCAGAUUUUGAAGGUAAAUGGUUACUUUUAUUUUUUUAUCCAAAUGAUUUCGGAUUUGUAUGCCCUACUGAAAUAUUACAAUUUUCUAAUCAUUCAGUCGAAUUAAAAAAAAUAAAUUGUGAAGUUUUAGGAUGCUCAAUAGGUUCUUAAUUCUAACAUCACGAAUGGCUUUCUAAACCUAAAUCAAAAGGAGGUAUAGCUAAUUUAUAAAUACCUUUAUUAGUUGAUAUUACAUAAUAAAUUUGUAGAGAUUAUGGUACUUUAAUACCGAAUGGACCUAGAAAAGGAUCUUGUUAUAGAGGUACUUUUAUAAUUGACCCAAGAGGAAUUAUUAGACAUAUAUCUAUUAAUGAUAUUCCUGUAGGAAGAAAUGUAGAUGAAAUAGUUAGACUUAUUUAAGGAUAUUAGUUUUAUGAAGAAUUCGGAGAAAUGUGUCCAGCCAAAUGGAAACCUCAUACUAAAUCAUAAGUACCUAAAGUUGACUAAAACAAAUUAAAAUAAUAUUGGGAAAACGAGCAUUUUUAAUAAUGAAAAAAUAAGUUUAAAUACUUAUUAAAAUAUGUAUUUAUUUUUUUUACUUUUGAUUUAUUUUAUAAUUUUUUUUUUUUUAUAUCUUUUUAAUUAUUAUAAAUUUUAUUUGUAAAAGUAAGAUAAAUU